AUGACUCACUUACAGGCUGGCCUCUCUCCAGAGACCCUGGAGAAGGCCAAGGUGGAGCUGAAGGAAAACCCGGAGACUUUACACCAGGACAUCCAGGAGGUCCGGGACAUGAUCAUCACCCGGCCGGACAUCGGGUUCCUCAGGACAGACGACGCGUUUAUCCUUAGAUUCCUCCGGGCGAGGAAAUUCAACCACUUCGAGGCGUUUCGGCUGCUGGCACAGUAUUUUGAGUACCGACAGCAGAACCUGGACAUGUUCAAGAACCUGAAAGCGACGGACCCAGGCAUCAAACAGGCCCUGAAGGACGGGUUCCCUGGGGUGCUCUCCAAUCUGGACAGAUACGGCAGGAAAAUACUAGUCCUGUUCGCAGCCAACUGGGACCAGAGCAGAUACACAUUUGUGGACAUACUGAGGGCGAUCCUGCUGUCCUUGGAAUCUAUGAUAGAAGAUCCAGAGCUGCAGGUCAACGGCUUCAUCCUCAUCAUUGACUGGAGUAACUUCACCUUCAAGCAGGCAUCCAAACUGACUCCCAGCAUGCUGCGGCUGGCCAUUGAGGGGCUGCAGGACAGUUUUCCUGCCAGAUUUGGAGGAAUCCACUUUGUGAACCAGCCCUGGUACAUCCACGCUCUCUACACCGUGAUACGACCCUUCCUCAAAGACAAGACCAGGAAGAGGAUCUUCAUGCAUGGCAACAACCUGAACAGCCUCCAUCAGCUGAUCCAUCCUGAGAUCUUGCCGUCGGAGCUCGGUGGGAUGAUGCCGCCGUACGAUAUGGGCACAUGGGCGCGAACACUGCUGGACCACGCUUAUGAUGAGGAGACAGACUACUGUCCGGAGUCCUACACCCUGUCAGUACAAGACCUGGAGAGAGACCUGGAGAAAAACCUGUCCCCAAAAACAAUGAAGAGGUCUCAGUCUGUGGUGGAACCAGGCGUCCUGAAACGACCAGACAAAGUCAAGAGUGAAGAGGACAACAUGCAGCCGCUGCUCUCGCUGGACUAAUCCACACAUUCAAUAACAGCUCGAAAGCAUAAUCAAUAUUUACACACACAAACACACUGACUUACCUGUGCACCUACUGUAAGCGACACGCCCGCCCUGAAAACACCUUCCUCCAGAAAACGCUGCUGCUGCUGCUGUUGGAUUUGUGUUUCUCUUCAACUUGAGGAAAAAUCAAAAUGAGCUAACGGGAGGCAGACAAACGAGCCAGACACGAGACGGACGUUUCCUCGCAAGCAAAGGGCAUCCUAAGAGCUACUGAUGGUGUUCUAUAUUUAUUUAUUUAGUUAUUUGUCAAGUGCCAAUUCCAAAAAACUGUAAAUUAACGUCUUUAAACAAUCCAGCCCCCUCAGCGUGGAGCAGGGAAGUAGAACAAACAUGAAGAGAAAGAGUUGUGAAGGUGCCACAUGUGUGUGAAAACAGUGUUUCCUACAGUAGUGUAGUAUAAAGGUGAAAAACUGGAGAUCAUUUCUCAAAGAGGGCUUGGGGCCACAGUUCCCGAGCUGCAGUGUUUUUCUUCUUUGUACAGUAAUUUGAAGAAAACAAGAAGUACAGCUCAGGAUUAGUGACGAUAACGAGCUUGUUCAGCCUCCUGGACACAAAACUGGCAGACAGGCAGGCAGGCACUGGGUUUACUGGGAGCUUACUGGGAGGUUAUGGGUGUCUUUCCUGUGAAAAUAACAUCUGAACUAUAUCGACCUCGCUCCAGUUAUCUCUUGGAAAAGCAAACCCCCCUUUACGCUAAGAGUGGGCUGUAGGAUUUUUUUUUUUCUCCUCCUUUUCUGACCCAUAUGUCGCAGAGUACAGUAUUUCUUCUGCCAUUAGGAAAACACUAAGCUGCAGACUCUUUUUAAACAGUGACUCACAUCAUUACGUUUGGCUGAAGAUGUCCAAAAGAUAUAUUUUGAGAAGUUAAUAGAUGUCAAGCCAGACAAAUAAAUAAACCUAAAUUUAAUUUUUAUAAAAGCAGAGUAAGGAAACCCUCUUCUGUGACCUUGUGACACAUUUGUUACUGUAUAUUUCUGGCAAUAAUAAUCUUACAUCUAAAAUGGCCGAGCAUCACCACAGUAUCUGUUCUCAACAUGUCAGUAUUAUAAGAUUUCGAGAUGCGUUAAAGGACUGCACCGUUAUUUUUUGCAUGUUUUACUAUAAAUCUUACUCAUGAUUUCAGUACAUUAUUGGUGUUUCAUUAUGCGGCUAAAAGCUAUUUUAAUCAGUAUUAAUAUUAGUUUAUAAUCUUAACUCAAGGUCCACUUAUUAGCUUUCUCCUGAGCUUUUACCAUAUCUAACAUUUAACCAUUAAUUUACAGAUUUGAUUGAAGAUCUCUGUGCUAUCAUGUGAUUUAAAAAAAAGAAAAGAAUUCAGUAAUUCACAAUUUUGCUUUUUUGUCUUCAGCGUUCUUUUCAGUAACUACAUGAGGAAAUGCUCUUUGGCAGCAGACUCUUAAAGGUGCCCUGAGGAGUUCAUGGCCACUAGUGGAGCUAUGGAGCAAUGUUGUUUUAAAUGGGUUGUUUGUAUCAGAGCAUGUGAUUCACGCUCCCACCAUUAGUUUCACGUCAUUCCACAAAUCAACAGUUGCAAAGCUGACACAAAAAGAGGCGUAGUAAUGCACCAACAAAGGCAAAGAAGAAGACGGCCUGCUAACAAACAUUGUCGUACGCAGUGUACAACGUAAAAUAUUACAAAUUAUCGGCUUUGCAAAAGUUUUACAAGGAAGGUUCAAACCAGGUCCCCAAGAAGUGCGCCAGUAUUAAAGCCUAUUUGACAUAGUGGCCAAACCGUGUAACUACAGGUAACUACAACUUUCAAAUCCGUCAUCGGAUGCCAUUGGGCCCAAAAGAGGCUUUUUCCUACAGAGUUAAGUUAGCAGAGUUAAGGUCUUUGCACACUGAGUCCGUUUUAUCAGAUGCAUUUUUUUAAUCUGUCAUCCCAAAAAAAAGUCAUUACGCACAGAAACAUUGCACACUGAUUCUAACGUAUUUUAAUGUUCUGUUUAUUUCAGAAAUUCACAAUACGUGACAAAAUGAAAAGACACAUUUCCGCCUUUGGUUCUCCACACUUGAGUUAUUUACCAGGCUGUCGCCACUCCCUCCCUGAAUAUUACUAUCUGACCUAUUGAAAGUAGCUAUCUGAGUUAUGAAAUGAUUCUGUGCGCCCCGUUCCUCUGUCUUGUCGCACCGCCAUUUUCUUCACUGGUUCUUGGUCAAACAACUCUCUAAAGUCUUCUGACGAAUGCGGAAAAAAACACAGAAACCUGUUACAAAGAUUUUGAUUAUGGAUUAUCAGACUCAGUGUGUAAACAUGAUUCACACAAC